AUGUCAUCGACGGACAACACUUCGCCUCCCAUGGCGGACCAGUCCAACUCGAUGGCUGUGCCCUCGUCGCCCGAUCGGAAUAAGAAGAAACGCAUCAGAAACUGGACUGCAGAUGAUCGCGCAGCCCAUCGCGUGUUUGAACGAUCUCGACGAGAGGCUUUCAAGGAGCGGUUGACGGCAAGUUUGGAUUCUGUGUCUCGCGUUGCGCUGCACAAGGUCGAGCAGAAAGAGAUUGCCGACUCUCUUCAGAGGAUCAACCGUCUUGUAGCCGAGCGAGACGAUCUCCUUUCCGAGCUGAAUACGUGGCGCUUGAACGCUGGGCUUGAGGUUCACCAGGCUCGAGUUACGGCGGAUGAUUCGGAAAUUACUGCCUCAAUACCGAUUUUAGACGAGGCCGGCGCCUCCAUACUAAGGACCGGCGUCUCAUCCAUCUCCAUCGGGGCCAACAAUGAGCGCGGAGCUGGGAGCCGAUCGCUAUAUCUAGAAGAGCAGUCCUCAUUUGUGGCUCGGGAAAACGACCUCCCAACUGAGCCUGUCUUGGAUGAAACAGUCGAGGCAAACCUUCCAUCAACGUCGAUGAGCAUGGACAUUCCAUGGAUGUCGUCCGAGAUGGAUUUUACUAUGCCAAAUUCACUGACGCUGGCUGCCGGUUACGAUACAAACGCACCUCCAAAAUCACCAUCUUACACCCAUCUGCCAAUGUCAUACGACAUGGCAAACAAUAACCUCGAAAACGAGCCCCUACGAUUCAGCACAUCAAUGAUGCACAUGGCCGAUCCCUCGACGUUUCACAACGAAACAUAUAUUUAUACUGGUUGA